AUGCCCCCUUUACGACGCGCAAAAUCGCCCAAAAGCAACAACAGCAUCGACAAAUUCUCCGCCUUUGCAAGUCCUAUGACAGCAUUCUCGCACACCCUCUCGACGCGCCUCCCCUCCGCGAACGACAGCCUCUCCAUCGACGCCCUGCUCGCGGAGCUCAACCCGCAGCUCGAGACGAUUAUCCGUUUCUCUGGUAGCCCGAGAGCGAAAGCCCAGAGGGUGGAACUCGACAAGAGGGGGACGGAGCUUUGGAACCUGUGUACCCGACAACGUCGUGAUAAUGCGGACGCAACGGCGGCCGCGCCGGCUACGAGGAAGAAGCUGCUGUUGCGGAGCAGGACAUAUGCGUUUUUCAUGAUUAGUAUCGCGAGGGGUGUUUCGGGCAGCACUGGGCCUCAGCUUGCGGAUGUGGUGCAUCUGAUGAAGUUGGCACUCAAGGCGGGCAAGACGUGUCUUGAUGACGGCGGCACCAGUUCGAGUGCCCUGAAGCUCGCCGAGACCGUUUUCGAGAAGGGGGCGGAAUACAGCGCGGCAUUGGGCAAGCAGCAGAUGGCCAUGCUGGGACCGGAUGACUUGUUAGAGUGCAAAAGGCUAGACGCUGAAUACUUUAUACUCCGAGCGGCACUGGCCUGGAAAACGGACAACUUGCCCGUCAUGGAGUUCAUGUACAGCAAGGGACACCUCCAACCAAACACGCUCGAUUCGAGUUCGGCGGAGAAAAUGACAGAGAUUCUGUUCGAAAUCGGCAAAGACCUUUCAAAGAAGGAAGACUUCCCCAUGGCGGUGCGGUGGCUUGAACGGGGGUACGACAUCAUCAACGCCCAGGACCUGUCGCUUCUCUCCCGCGACGCCAUCGAGCUAGGCCUCUCCGUCUGUCAAGCCCUGAUCCACGCGCUGCUGGGUCUCAGCACGCCAGAGUCUUCGCAAAAAGCGCUGAACCUGGUCAGCUACAUCGAGUCCGAGAUCGGCGACAAACCCGUCGUCCUCCUCCUUCGCUUGGAGCUCUUGCAGAAGGCGCCGGCCGAGGUUUUUGACGUCGAGGCUUACGCUGAUAUUUUGAGGCGGAUGGUGCGGUCGUUCAACUUCUCCGAGGCGCACUUUAAGCUCUUGGUGCAUCAUGCGCGCAAGUUGCAUGAUAAGAGCCCGACACUGGCGACGAGCGUCGUGGAUGGGAUGCUCAGGGGCACCAUUGUCUCUUCUGGGCGCGAAGAGUGGGUCGACAGGUUGGUGCUUUUGAGGAUCUGGAUGGAGACGACGCAGAGGGAUGGUAUGAGAGCUAUAGAAGAGCUGAUGGGGGUCCUGGCAGGACUCCAAGAUAACUUGAGCAAGCCUUUUGGGGCUUCUACGGCAGUCGGGGCGUUGACUCUUAUUUGGAAAAAGAUCGAGGUCAACUACAACCAGGGACACUUCGACUUUGCUGAUGGCUGGUGCCAGAUAGCCCUGCAGCCUCUAUUCCAAAACGGCGGCCCUGCAAACAUGUCGAGACUCAGCAGAAAGCUCAUUCUUUGUGCCCUUGGGAGAAACGACACCGAGAGAGCGCGACAAGUCUUUCAUAGCAUGUCCGAGGCAGCGCAAAACGAACCGAUGACGAAGUAUCUGAUGUACAAGGCUGCCCUCCGCUCAUCCGACCAAGAAAUGGCUGCCGAGUGCCUGGAAAGAGUGGCUCUGUCAGCGCCCGGUGACCCUAAUUUCCUGUAUGCCUGCGUCCUCGAGGCGCAACAGAUUGGGGAUAAGGUCUGCGCGAUGCAGGCCAUGAAGCAGCUGGUGGGGAAGUUCGAGUUCAGCGAGGCGUCUCCGAUUCAUCUGCCGGCGCUGCUGCGAUGUAAUAUCCGACUCGCUGUCUCAAUUGCUGAGAGCGAAAAAAGUCCGAAAGAGCGACAAAGUGUGGUGGAAGAAAUACUUAUGCUGUUCGAAGGAGCCGUCAAAGCGAUCCAGCGAGACCCCCGCGACAAGGACGGCAACCGGCUUUUUACCGUCAAGGAACUCGACUGGUUCUGCCAGAAUGCAUAUAACCUCGGCCUCAAGCACUCGGACGAGUGGGAUGUCAAGCAUCUCAUCCGGCUGUACAACAGCUGCCUCACCAUCGCGAAGCACUAUCCAAAUGACCUCCCCGCCGAAGCCGCGAGUGACCUCGCGUUCAGGACAAUGUUUUGCGAUUUUAUCGCAGCCGCUGCCCUCGUAUCGCUGGCCCGAACGGAAGACAACGUCGAGCAGCAGCUGCAGCAUUAUCUCGUCAUGCGGAGGCACGUCGUAGCGUAUAAUGCAGCUUUGGAGAAGCAGAUGAGCGACGGUCUAGACAAGAGGCUGAAGAGCGAUCUAACAGCCAAGCUUGCGACGUUGAUGGUCUUCGAUUUUGAGGCUGCCAUGGCGUUGAAGAAGACUGAUGAACUGGGGUACAUUAUUCGUACGGCCGUGACGUGUCGGGAUGUGAAUACGCUCAAGGCGAUGGGGGAUAUUGCGCUGCGAGGCAGAUUACCUGGACAAGCCCUCUAUUCAACGCUGGGCGUCAUCGGCGACAGGCUGGCGAAGUAUAUCCGGUGCAUGUUCCACGCCGUCUUGUCGCUGGAUGCAGCUUUGGGGCAGAGGCUGAUGAAGCAAGCCGUUGACGUGGCGAGGGAUUCUCGCAAGCAUCCGUUCCCGGCCGAAGAACUCGAAUGGCUCGUCACUACGGCCUUUAACCAGGCCGUGGACGCGUAUAAUGUCAGACAGGACGACGAGUGCAAUACAUGGGCGGAUUUGGCCAUAAAUUUGGCGCAUUAUGCCGAUGAUGGAGGGGAGCUGGAGAAGAGGGUGCAGGAGAACCGGAUGAAGUUGAAGUUUGACUUGCCGUAA